CGUUGCUCCGCGGAGCUUCCCGGAUCCGAGCCCAGACGGCGUCGGCCGGGGCAGCUUGGGCGCCGCGACCCUCGGCAGCCACAGGGGGACGGGGAGGAGGAGGAAGAGGCGGAGGCAGCGGCGGCAAGGAGGAGGAGGGCUCGCUCGCCUGUUCCGACGCAGACAUGGUGGACUGAUCCCCGGCAGGGCUGAGAGCAGGGAUUCCUGAGGUUCCUCCGCGCGUGGCCCGCCGUGCCCCGAGCCCCGCACGCCCCUCGCCGGCACUAGCGUUCCCGCCGCGCCCCGCGCCGGGUCCCUAUGGAGGCGCCGCUCGCCGGCGAGGCCGCCGACCAUGCCUAGGAGAGCCGGGAGCGGGCAGCUGCCGCUACCCCGGGGCUGGGAGGAGGCCAGGGACUACGACGGCAAGGUUUUCUACAUCGACCACAACACCAGGAGGACCAGCUGGAUCGACCCUCGGGACAGGUUAACGAAGCCGCUGUCCUUCGCUGAUUGUGUCGGGGAUGAGCUGCCGUGGGGAUGGGAAGCAGGGUUUGACCCUCAGAUUGGUGCCUACUACAUCGAUCACAUCAACAAAACCACACAGAUUGAAGAUCCGAGAAAGCAGUGGAGGGGCGAGCAGGAGAAGAUGCUCAAAGACUAUCUCUCCGUGGCUCAGGAUGCACUCAGGACGCAAAAGGAACUGUACCACGUGAAGGAGCAGAGGCUGGCGCUAGCUCUUGAUGAAUAUGUGCGGUUAAAUGAUGCCUACAAAGAAAAGUCAAGCUCUCACACAAGCCUCUUCUCAGGGUCUUCAUCUAGCACUAAAUAUGAUCCUGAUAUUUUAAAAGCUGAGAUCUCCACCACACGAUUAAGGGUUAAAAAGCUGAAAAGAGAACUCUCCCAGAUGAAGCAGGAACUUCUCUAUAAGCAACAAGGCUUUGAAACGCUGCAACAAAUUGAUGAAAAGAUGUCUGGAGGUCAGAGUGGAUAUGAACUUAGUGAAGCCAAAGCCAUCCUGACGGAACUGAAAUCUAUCAGAAAAGCAAUCAGCUCAGGAGAAAAGGAAAAGCAAGACCUGAUGCAGAGUCUGGCUAAACUGCAGGAGCGAUUUCAUUUGGAUCAGAACAUGGGCAGUUCCGAGCCGGAUCUGAGAUGUAGUCCUGUGAAUUCUCACCUCUCUCUGUCCAGACAGACCCUUGAUGCUGGGUCACAGACAAGCAUUUCUGGAGAUAUUGGGGUGCGAAGCAGAUCAAAUUUAGCUGAGAAGGUCAGGCUGAGUCUCCAGUAUGAAGAAGCCAAAAGAAGCAUGGCUAACUUGAAAAUUGAACUGUCAAAGUUGGAUGGUGAGGCCUGGCCUGGGGCCCUGGACGUGGAGAAGGAGAAGUUGAUGCUGAUUAAUGAGAAAGAAGAGCUUCUGAAGGAGCUGCAGUUCAUCACGCCCCAGAGACGCACACAAGACGAGCUGGAGCGCCUGGAAGCAGAGCGCCAGCGGCUGGAGGAGGAGCUGGUGGCUGCUCGGGGCUUGCCGAGCAGGGCGCUGGCUGAGAGAUUGAAAUUGGAAGAGAAAAGAAAAGAGCUGCUACAGAAACUUGAAGAAACUACUAAGUUAACUACUUACCUGUAUUCACAACUUAAAAGCCUCUCGUCCAGCACACUGUCCAUGUCGUCUGGGAGCAGUCUGGGGUCCCUGGCCUCCAGCCGGGGCUCUCUGAACACCUCCAGCCGAGGGUCACUCAACUCCCUCAGUUCCAGUGACCUCUAUUACAGCAGCCAGGGCGACCAGAUGGACACAGAUUAUCAGUACAAACUGGACUUCCUUCUUCAAGAGAAGGGGGGCUACAUUCCUUCCGGACCUAUCACCACCAUCCACGAAAAUGAGGUGGUCAAGUCCCCCAGCCAGCCCGGCCAGAGUGGGCUCUGUGGGUUGGGAGUUGCAGCCACCAGCCACACUCCCCCACUGACGGAGGCCUCUAAGUCAGUGACGUCCCUUUCCUCCAGGUCCUCUCUCUCCUCCUUGUCUCCCCCUGGCUCUCCUCUGGUCUUGGACAGCACAUUUCCAGGGUCUUCUCAUGACCCCUCUCUGCCCCAGUUCACGGCUGACUUUGAAGACUGUGAGUUGAGUCGCCACUUUGCUGACAUUGGCCUUGGUGAGAAUCAGGUCUUGCUGGACUCAGACUCGGGAGGAGCAUCUCAGUCUCUCCUUGAGGAUAAAGACCUUGAUGAAUGCACUGGAGGGCUGCUGUAUGAAGGGACAGCAGAUGUGGAAAAGUCGUUACCCAAAAGAAGAGGACUUCAUCUUCGAGGAGACAAGACUGCUCGUGUGUCCGCAGCGGCCUCUGAUGAGUCUGUGGCUGGAGACAGUGGGGUCUACGAAGCUUCUGUGAAGCAGCCUGGUGAGAUUGAAGACAUUCCCUACAGGGAAGAGGAUGUCACCAUUGUGGAGACUGCACAGGUGCAGAUAGGACUCAGAUACGAUACAAAGAGUUCAAGUUUCAUGGUGAUUAUAGCACAACUCCGAAGCCUGCAUGCCUUCUCGAUACCUCAUUCUUCAAAGGUGUAUUUUAGGGUCGCCGUGCUUCCCUCCUCGGCAGAUGUCAGCUGUCUGUUCCGCACAAAAGUCCAUCCGCCCACGGAAUCUGUGCUGUACAACGAUGUGUUCAGGGUGGCCAUUUCUCAGGUGGUCCUUCAGCAGAAGACGCUGAGAGUCGAUCUCUGCUCUGUCAGUAAACGCCGCAGGGAGGAAUGCCUGGCUGGGACGCAGAUCAGCUUGGCGGAUUUACCAUUUUCCAAUGAGAUUUUCAUGCUGUGGUAUAAUUUGCUUCCUUCCAAGCAAAUACCUUGCAAGAAGAAUGAAGAAGAAAGCGGGGAGCCUGGCGCUCAGUCAACGCAGCCCGCACUUGACUCUGCAGACUUGGACGCCGUGUCAGCCUUGCUCGCGAGAACUUCAGCUGAGCUGUUGGCUGUGGAGCAAGAACUGGCCCAAGAGGAGGAGGAGGAGGAAGAGGAGGAACUGAGGCCAGAGCAGCGGGGGCCAGGGGAAGAUUGUUCAACGAUGCUAAGAGAGGCCUCUGCUGAAACUGUGGCUGCGAAAGAGUCUGGGGUUCACUUGGCAGAGGGCGGUCACUGCCCAGAAGACCCGAGUCCAUGCACUAGGGGGCCUGGGACAAGCAGAGACCAGUGUCGGAAGGAGAAGGGGCGCGCUGAAGACCCCGGCCAGCCAGCAACUGCGGUUCCCACCCUGGUGGAUAAGGAGACGAAUACAGAUGAAGCAGUUGACAGCAACAUUGCAGUUCGCCCGAAAGACCACAGCAGCCUGAGCUCUCGGCACCAUCCGUUUGUGAGAAGCAGCGUGAUCGUGCGCUCACAAACCUUUUCCCCAGGCGAGAGGAGCCAGUACAUCUGCAGGUUAAAUCGCAGUGACAGUGACAGCUCAACCUUGGCCAAAAAGUCCUUGUUUGUGAGAAACUCCACUGAGCGACGCAGUUUGCGUGUCAAAAGGGCAGUCUGCCAGCCCACCCUCAGGAGGACUGCUCAGGAGUGCCCUGUGCGCACAUCUCUUGACCUGGAGCUGGACCUGCAGGCCUCACUGACCCGCCAGAGUCGUCUCAAUGACGAGCUGCAGGCCCUGCGAGGCCUACAGCAGAAGCUGGAGGAGCUGAAAGCCCAGGGAGAGACCGACCUGCCCCCAGGCAUGCUGGAGGACGAGAGAUUCCAGAAGCUUCUGAAGCAAGCAGAGAAGCAGGCUGAGCAGACAAAAGAGGAGCAGAAGCAGGACUUGAGCGCAGAGAGGUUGAUGAGACAGGUCUCCAAGGAUGUGUGCCGGCUGCGGGAGCAGAGCCAGAAGGAGCCUCGGCAGGUGCAGUCCUUCAGGGAGAAGAUUGCCUACUUCACACGAGCAAAGAUCAGCAUCCCGUCCCUGCCGGCUGAUGACGUGUGACCCUGUGACUGAACACCGCUUCUCAGCUGCUUACUUCCAAGGGACGGUCAAAGACUGACUAUUCCCUUUUUUGUUGUUUUUUAUUUUUUUUGUUGGGGUUGGGGCUUGUGUUUCCUGUAACAUAACUGUCAACCCUUGAAGAGCUUCCAUUCACAUCCGUUUCAUCAGGUUAAUUUGUAAAUUACUUUGAAUGUAACUCUUACGUGCUUUGAGAAGAAAAAAAAUCAAAUCACCUAACAAAAAUGGGGUCAUCUGGUCCACAGUGUCGUACAGUCUGUGUUAGCACUGGGCUUCACUGUAGCUGGAACACAGGUAGCAGGUGCCCAGUGUCUGCCCGCUGAGCCGACUGGGCCGGCAGCUGUCCGGCAGCCCCUGAAGCUUUCGCCACAGCGUACCCUGAACUAGAGAGCCACUCACUCCAUCGACUCACUCCAUCGAAGUGCACUCAAGCGAGCUUCUGUCUGAGGCUGAGGGCGGGCAUAUGAGAAGCAGGGGUGAGCUCCCGCUGUAGAGAGCUGCAGUCGGGGCAGGGGGAGGGGCAGCUUUCAAAAACACUGAGGAAACUCAGCCAAUCCAUCACAGGCUGAAUCUGCCCGGCUUCAUGUCAGUGUCUGGCCUGCCAGGGAGAUCGUGGUGGCCCUGGCCUCUGACAGUGCAGGCAGUGCAGAGGGGACAGCAUUGAGGAGAGCUGAGGACAGGGCGCAUCGUGAUGAGAUCAGACUUGCCAGAGUUUGUCAUCGGGUUCGUACACUCACUAGAAGUUAUUUUGUAGCUGUUGUCCUCAGGGGAUUCUGUCAGCAAUGCAGAAACAAAGAGUGUGGCUGAGGGCACUUGUAGUCAGUGUGGAUCAUUUAAAAAAUAUAUAUAUUCUGGGUGGACACACAAGCUUGACAUAGGAAUUGGUCAAAGUGCUGUGUUCUCCUGGCUGGGUUUAACUUCCCAGACCCCGGGCACUUGUUUAAAAAAACAAAAACAACAAAACUCAGUAUAGUUUAGCCAGCAUAAACAUGUUAAAAUAAAUACUUUUUUAGGUAAUUUAAUUACUCAUUCCAUCAUACUGGAAGAAGCCGUGUUUUGGUGAGCCAUCUUAUAUAGCAAGCUAAAUUAUUUUUAUUUUUUUAAUGCAAAAUAAUUUUUAUAGGAAUUAAUAGAAGAAAGGCAAGAAAAAAUUCUGUUUAAAAAAAGCUAUGUUCUGCUGGAAUCCCCACUGGUAAGGAUUUUUAUCUUCUGGAAUCGAUGUAUAUUUUAGAAAGUUCAUUUUUAUCAGAAUCAGAGUUCGUUAGGAUUUCAGCUAUCAAGUUACUGCACCUAACACACAGUCAUUUCCCUCUAAAUGUUCCACAGCUUAGAGGAUGUAACUGGACAGGACCCCACUGGGAACAAAAAGAAGCCUGGUGGGGGCCUGAGGGCAGACUCCUGUGCUGACCACUUUGCCGUGUAGGCGAACGGAGGAAGGGGCGUGCCGUCCUUCCUGGUCAAGCUUAAGUUGAGCACAGAGGUUGACUUAAUACAGCUCUAGAUGAAGGUCAGCUGUCUUCAGCGUCGUAGUUUGACCCAUGAAAAUGUUCAUAGAACUUUGUGUAGUUGUACCGUACGAUUUUAUUUUUCUUCAUUUAUUUAUUUACGGUCUUAUUUAUGUUCUGUUUAAUAUAUAGUUUGGUUCUGGCCAUCUUAAAUGUCGGACUUACAAGAGGCUAUAUUGGAGUAUUUACAACUCUAUGAUCUUCAUCAAAUUUAUCACUAACUUUUUGUAAUACAAAAAGUUUCAGAUGAGUAUUAAAGAAUAAACUGUGUCUCAGGCUGGUAGUUCAGAGUUGUGACUGAGGGACUUUGGUUUUAUUUUAUAAAACAUGCUCAUUUCUAACAUGAGAGAAGCUAUUCAUUCUGAUAGAAUCUUUCCCACACUCUAAAAGUCGGCAGUAGUGUUGUGUACUUACAGGCAGCUUUUUGUAGGUCUGUCACAUUUGUAUUGACCCAAAUGAUUAAAGGAAAAAACAUUUUACUAACUUGAUCACAAAACCAUAUGGACAAAUAAAAAUUUUAAUAUUAUUAAAAAUAUUUUAAACUUAGAAUUUAUUCUGCACAGGGUAAAAAAAGAGUUUAAUAUUUAGCUCUCAAGUUUGGAUUAUCAGUAUAUUACAAUUUUGUAUAUCAGACUCAAGUGUUACAGGUACAGAAAGAAUAUUAACUUGCCAAAUGAACGAAGUUUAGCUGAGUCUCUGUAGCAUACAAAGUAAAUACAUUUAAACUUUCUUUGCCGUGUAUUUAUGUUGUAUUAAAUAUGAGAAGCUCAGGACUGAACUAAAUAUUUAAUCAGGUUAAAUUCUGAAUAUGUUUCUGUUUUCCUUUGUCCUGUUUGUAAAAGUGUGCAAAUACAUCACCCGGAUUAACUCCCACUGCUGCACUUGCCCUGUGUCUGUGGAUGGAAAACACUCAGUGAUUUCUUUUUUCUAAAACAGAAUACGUGUUUCCUGACACUGCAUUUUAAUGUUGCUUAUUGUUCAGCUAAUUUCCCUGAUUGGCACAAAUACAAGAAUCUACUCGAACCAUGUCCCAAGCAAAUAUAAAAUGUUCCAUGAAGAAUUCCUCAA